AUGUACUCAGCCUCGUCCAAGGAGUUCGAAAUAAAGAUUCAAAAUCAAGGGGAAAUUGUCAAACUGGACCUGUGGGUAGCCGCGUGUUUGAAUAGAAUCAAGCGUUAUUUGAGAUGUGGUGUAUCUAGUAAUCGAAGAAGCGGUAAAUCAUCAACAUUGCUCCCGGCGACCGACAGGAGGAUUUUCGAGACCUUUGGCAUCCUUCUUGACGGACCAGCCUUUCCAAUAGUGAGAAGUUUAAGAUUUACUUAUGGGAGUCUCCAAAAAGAAGUUUCGCGGAAACACGAUGUUAUUCAAGAUGCUUGGGAAUUGGUGGCGAAUGAGCAACUACCUAGUAUGUAUAUCUGUAAUUUCACGAGUGCAAUAUCAACAUCUUCAUUCGAACACAAGGACUCCAUCUUAUCAUCUUAUAUGUACACACCAUCUGUUUGGGAUCAUUAA